ACUUAUUAAAUACAUAGAUCUUCCUCUCUAAACAUCUCCACAAAUCACAAACAGAACAUCUGCAAUUUUAGCAUAUUAAACACGCCAUUCUCAUAAUGACAGCCCCUGCUCAUCGUCUUCCUAAUCACCCAAGACAUCAGAUGAUGAACAAUCCAUACCUCCAAUCUUCUGCUGCAAACUACUUGCCACAUGCUGCUGCUCAUUAUCGUCGCUGGCCUGCCUUCAAUUCACCGCUUUACCUGUCUCUGCAUUCUCCCAAUAUUGCUCUCCACCUUCAAGAUGAAACAGCGAUAAUUGGAGGAACAGGUGAUUACCGGUCAAAUGCUUGGUAUUCAUAUAAUCAGCCUAGUUACGAGGGAACUCUUGAGCUUGAGGAACAAAUGGGACGAGUUGAUAGCAGAUUUGUAGAGGAAACGGUGAUAAUUGAAUCAACAUAUGAUUACCUCCCGAUUCGGGCACAUUCAAUCCGUUCACGUUUAUAUAAUCAGCCUACUUACGAGGAUGAAACAGCGAUAAUGGGAGGAACAGGUGAUUACCGGUCAAAUCCUUCACAUUUAUAUAAUCUGCCUGGUUACGAGGGAAGUCUUGAGCUUGAGGAACAAAUGGAACAAGUUGAUAGCAGAUUUUUGGAGGAAACGGUGAUAAUUGAACCAACAUAUGAUUACCUCCCGAUUCAGGCACAUUCAAUCCGUUCACGUUUAUAUAAUCAGCCUACUUACGAGGAAAAUCUUGAGCUUGAAGAGCAAAUGGGACGAGUAGAUAGCAGAUUAUCAGAGGAAACAAUUAUGGGACAUCUAAAAGUAAGAAGUUAUGAUGCUACAAGUGAAAGGAUUAAUGAAGAACCUGACAUCUGUGUCAUUUGCCAGGGUGAGUAUGAAAAAGAUGAACUGAUCGGAGGCCUUCAGUGUCGACAUGAGUAUCAUGUGGAAUGUGUAAAGAAAUGGUUGCAGCAGCAUAAUAGCUGCCCUAUCUGCAAAGCUGAUGCUGUUUCAUUGUCAACAUGAAUUGUUCACUCGCUCACAUUGAGAGCUUCCCAGUCAAGACCUUGGUAUGUUUUUCACCUUGUUUUCUAGAUUUCUCUGAUUUAUGGACCUGUUACCUAGCAUUUCAUGAGAUAGAAAUUUGAUCUUGUAUAAAACUGAGUCGUUCGGUUAAUAUUGGGUGCAAUUUCUUUGAUGAAAGGUGCAAUAUUUUUAAAUGCUUGUGCUGUUAUUAUACUUGAUAUAUAGUAUAUACGACCACCUUACAAUAUGAAAUGUAUUGUAACCGCUUUAUGGUAUCUUGAUAUGUCUUAAACCAAGUAUUAGUAGAAGUGGUUCCAGGAAAAAUAUUAGUAUAAGUUGCAGUUGAUUUGAUUAGAUUAUAUUGUCAUUUGCCAACUAAAAUAUUAACUUUCAUGGCAUAAUAUGCAUUGUUCAGUAUCGAAAAUCCUACUAAAUUUGCAUUAACUUUAGUAUCAUGCAAUUAUAUAUAAUGAAAAAAAUAAUUAGCAAAAAGCUUUCUCGAGAUCACAAUAGGCAGCACAUUGAAUAAUCGAGUUGCAUAUAAAUUACAAUAUAGUGGAUAAACAUGGACAACUACUUUAUCAGGGAAAAGAAAAUAUAAAAGUAAACAAAUCCAUUUUGAUGCCUACUUGUGGGUGAAUUUUAAAAUGUAACAUUUAAGCUAAAGUGCUGCAGAAGGCUCUUUAGAGCAAGUCCAAUAGGUUAUCUAUCUCAUUACCUAUUAAUAAGUGUGCCUAAGAAUAACUGAGAGCUCCUGCGGUAAAGAUCUUGGUACGUUUUCCACGUAAUAUUCUUGAUUUUUUGUGAUUUACUGACAUCUUACCUAGCUUAUAAUAAGAUAUAACUCGGAUCAUGUAUAAGGUUAAAUUGUUUGGUUAAUACUGAGUGCAAUGUUUUUUUUGAAAGGUGCAAUUUUUUUAAAUGCUUCUACUGGCAGUAUACUUGCAUAUUCACCCCCUUGUAAGUGAUAUGUAUUGUAACCUGUAAGUGGUAUCUUUAUAUGUUUUGAACCAAAUUAUAAGUUGCAGUUGAGUUGAUUAGAUUACCUUGUGAUUUUUCAAAUAAUUUUUUUAACUUUGACGGCAUAUGAUCUGUUCUGUAUUAAUCCUUUUUACAACUUUAGUAUCUUGAAAUUAUAUGAAAUGGAAAAGGUUAUUCAGAUAAAAGCUUUCUUGCGAUCAGAAUAGGCAAUGACAUUGAAUGAAGGAGUUGCUUAUAAAUGAUUGUAUAGUAAAUAAACAUGGUUAACUAACUAUACUUUAUCAGGGCAAAACAGAUGUAAAACUGAACAACUUCAUGUCAAUGCUAACUCCUGUGUGAGGUUCAAGACAUGACAUUGAGCUGAAAGCGCGCUACAAAAGGCUGUUUAACAAGAAAUAGGUUUGUUAAAUAUUACAGAAAUACAACACAAUUCUUUUUUGGAUUAAAUUUAUCUAAAAAGGCCAUGAUGUAUAUGUCUCGUGUGUUUCCAUGAAAUUCUAGCUAUGAUAGGUUACAUGCGGGCCUUGCCAUGCCAAGAGAAAGAUUAACAUGCCAAUACACAAGUGAGUUUGUUCUAUUUGUUACCUUUAGAUGUUAUAUUAGUACAAGGAAUGUCCUCUUAUGCAGCUGCCUGAGAUGCUUGAUUGAGAUUAGCUCAUUGCUUCUGUAUCGAUUCAUUGCUUCUGUAUCGAUACUUCUUUACUAAAAACAUAGCAAGUGCACAUAAAUUUAAUCAGGCGAGAAAUAGCAGAUAAGAAUUUUGAUGUUGCCCGGAUAUGAUGUCCCAGCUAGUGAUCAUAAGUCCCAUUCAACAUUGUCAGCCUAUUGUAAAUGUGGGAAUUUGAUGAUGAAAUUAAAUGAAAAAAAAUAAUGAGUAGACAAAUUGAAAACAAAUAAAAGUUCAUGAGAACUAGUGCACAUAAGAGUAAUUCUAGAUUUAUAAAAUUAUUCUUUUUUGAGUGGUUUAAUAACGAUAAUUAAAAACUUAAAAUGACGCACAUUUUUCCCAGAAACUAGAAACCAAUAAAUGUUGCAAUAGAAAUUAAUGUUAAGAUCAUUUAACAAGAUCAUUUCAGAAUUCAGAAAUGGAGACCACUGAACUUUAGAAAACUAGAAGAGAGCAGGUUUCCAGUUUCUUGUGUCUUCCUCUCAUAAUGUUGCAUUGAGUGAUAUGUGCAAUAGUCGACAUGUAUAGCAAAUUUAGAUUAAAAUUUGAAUAGAUUGCAUUUUAUAAGGGCAGUUCAUGUUAACAACAUAGUCUGCUUUUUGCCACACCGUUGGUAAUCUAACAUGUCCCUUUCCAAAUUAUUUGUUUCGUUUCUUACUUUUUAACGUUCAGUAGUGUGCAUUUUUUGAAAGAAAAUCGCAUUUAUAUCCCCAUUGCUUGUAACUAAGUUAUACAUCUACACAGACAAAUUAGGAAAUGUCACUGGUUUACAAGAGUAGGUAAUGUAUAAUGUUAGCUUCGAGUGCUAAAUAAAAAUGAUAAGCAUCUUGUCUGCGCAACUCACAGUCCUGGUUGUUUCAGCUUUUCCGUUAGAAAGCUAACUAUACAGCAUCACAUGAAAGUGAAUGAUGUGAAUGGAUGAUUUAUGUAAUAUACUUUCUUCUGAAUGAUAAUCAAAGAUUACUCUCGAGAAGUGCUACAUGCCUACAAGGGUAUAUUCUGUCUAUCAUUUCAGUGCAAGCUCUUUUAUUUUGUAGUGUUGGCUACUUGGCUGUGAAUUUUUGCUAGGCUCUCAAGGCGACUUAUCAGUAAGACUUAAGAGUGUUGUUUGCUCUAAUUAGGUUUGUUUUUGUUAAAACGACUUCCUGGUCAGUAUUGUUUAUUUCUAAUAAAUACAAUAUUUUUUAUAAAUGGAUCUGUGGCGCAAUGGUAGCGCGUCUGACUCCAGAUCAGAAGGUUGCGUGUUCGAUUCACGUCAGGUUCAUCCAUUUUUUUACUUUCCUUUGUGAUUACUGUAUACCAGCAGUUCUCUUAUAAAAUCUUCUGUGACAGAAUAGUCGACAGAUUUUUUCUCAAACUUUGGUUUGCACUUUUUUAUAUUAUACCAUAAGUUAGAUCAAGAUCAACUAGAAUCUUGCCCCUUUAACCCCUUUACCUGGAACAAGAA